AUGGCGGACGCGCCGGCGAGCCCCGCGGCCGCUGGAGGGAGCCCCACGGCCAGUGGCGUCGGGGAGUGGGACGGGUUCCUGCCGGUCGCCGACAUCAGCCGCAUCAUGAGGAGGGCCAUCCCGCCCAACGGGAAGAUCGACCAGGAUGCCAAGGAAGCCGUGCAGGCGCUCGUCUCCGAGUUCAUCGCCUUCAUCACCAGCGAGGCGAGCGACAGAUGCGAAAGGGAGAAGCGGGAGGCCUUGACCGGCGACGAUUUGCUGUGGGCGAUGGCGGCGUUGGGGUUUCAGGACUACAUCGAGCCCCUCAAGCUCUACCUCCACAAGUACAGACAGGUGCUACCUUGCACAAUGGAAGUAGAGCCAAAAACCUUGCCCGUGUUUGAUGUUAGAGAUUGGUCUGAGCUCCCACUCGAUGCUCUUUCUACAAUCUUCAUGAAGCUUGGGACAAUUGAGAUCCUGAUGGGUGCGGGACUUGUGUGCCGUUCAUGGUUGCUGACGGCAAAGUCCCCUGAGUUGUGGCGUUUUGUGGACAUGACACGCCACAAGGUGGUUUUCUCAAAGGCAGAAAGUGUCAUGUGCAAAAUGGCAAAGGUCGCUAUAGAUCGCUCUGAUGGACGAAUGGAGUCAUUCUGGGCUCAGAAGUUUGUCAGUGGCGAACUCAUCGGUUACAUUGCAACCAGGUAUUGCAAAUCAUUGAAGAGCAUUCGGCUCAUCGCCCCUGGAUACUUUUGGGAUGAUGAGGAUGCAGUAGUUAGGCUUGCAGCUAAAUGUCCAAUGCUGGAAGAGAUAGAGUACUCGCAUCAGCAGCAGCCAGGGUAUUUCUUCAAGCAGAUCGGAACAGUGCGCCCAGAGCUGAAACGUCUAAGGAUCCAUAUGGAUUGGUACGACUCUGAUGCGAUUAAGCAUGAGAUGAUGAUGGAACAGCGCCAGGACGAUGACGAGGAAGAGGAGGAGGAGGAAGAGCCGUACGAGGCCUGGGAAGCGAGACACAAUGAGGAGGCUUUCGCCAUAGCAGAGAACUUGCAUGAGUUGCGGCUCCUUCAGAUGGCCGGCAACAGCCUGACCAAAAAAGGGGUCUACGCCAUUCUUGAAGGCUGCCCACACCUCGAGUGCCUCGACCUUACAGGUUGUGGUCAUCUGAAAGUUGACGAUGAACUCGUAGCUCGAUGCGCCAAGAUCAAUCAUGUCUGGCUGCCAGGACACUGGCCUCAUGUUCGCUGCCCAGAUCUCCAUACUAUUGGAGAGAAGGAAGGCGAAGUGAUCGAGCUGCCUGAUGUCUAUGAAAUAGAGGCUCGUAUGCUGCAUGACACGGGAUCAAUGGAGGAGGGAGCAAUGGAGGAUGAUGGCUACGGCGACAACUACUGGGAAGACUAUACACCCCCCUCGUCCCCUGACUCUCCAGACCUGCGCAACGUAACCUGCGAUGACACCAGAUACUACACUUACAUCCAUGACUACUACUCUCUCUGA